AUGUCCUUGCCGUCUUCGCCCGCCGACGACGAUGACGACGACGACGCUCAUUGUCUCCCCGUUGCCCUUCUUCUGAGCUUCGCGGCCCUGUGCCGCACCGGUCGCGCUCUUGUUGGGAGCCCCGGAGGGAGCCCCGUCGUGUUGGAUUUCUCCACGGGAGUUUCUGCAGCCCGCACCCGCGUUUUCUCCACGCGAUUUGUCCUCGCGAUUUCUCCACGCGAUCUCUCCCUCUGCCUCUGCCUCUCGCGUUUUGUGAGUGUGUGUUCCUUGUCUCUCUCUCUCUCGUUCUCGCUCUCGCUCUCUCUCUUUUUCGCGUUGUUUGUUUUUUGA